UUUGAGUAUGCACAUACCGUGCAGCAUCAUAAGCUGCACUGCAGUAUGAUCAACCGACAACAUCCUAACCGUGUCCUGACUUUUUCUCCAUGCCGCAAGCGAAUGGGACAAUACAGCCUGAUGCGUUAGAUGCUGUGGACUACGACCCUAUCGACCACCUUAACGCUGUCUUUUCACACCACUCUGCGCUCUCGACAGUACCUACAGUGUUGGCCUCGCUCCAACAACACCAAGAUGGCCUCGACCGCGACAUAUCAGCGCUGGUUACUGCGCAAACUACCUCAGACGGAGACAGUGUCCGGCGCAUGCAGGAUGCCAAGGCGGAGUUGGAGCAGCUCUUUUCGAAGAUUGAGGGUGUACGACAGCGAGCGCUGGAAACCGAGCGCGCCAUCACCGAGAUGACAGCGGACAUCAAGCGGCUGGAUAGUACUAAGAGAAAUCUUACACUUUCCAUGACUGCAUUGAAAAGACUUCAGAUGCUCACGACCGCAUACGAGCAGCUUCGAGGCCUAAGCCAGACGAAGCAGUACCGUGAAUGCGCGCACUUGCUGCAGGCCGUGAUACAGCUCAUGGCUCACUUUAAGAGUUACAGAAGCAUAGACCAAAUUGCUGAGCUUAGCAAGAAUGUCGCCGAUGUACAGCGGGAGCUGCUCGAACAGGUGUGUGAAGACUUCGAGGUCACGUUCGCAAAGGGAGAAGUGCAGCAGAAGCGUGGUAUGCUGAAGGAGGCGUGUGAGGUUAUGGAUGCGCUGGGUGAGCAUGCCAAAUCUCGCUUGAUCACAUGGUACUGCAACACACAGCUUCGAGAGUAUCGACAGGUUUUCAGAGGCAACGAUGAAGCCGGGUCUCUGGACAACAUCUCCCGGCGCUACAGCUGGUUCAAUCGGAUGCUGAAGAGCUACGACGCCGAACAUGCGAUACUGUUUCCUCCGCAUUGGCGCGUGAAUGAGAUGUUGGCAAAUGCGUUCUGUGAGACAACCAGAGAGGAUUACAAAGGCAUCCUGCAGCGCUCUAUGCGGAGGACAGACGGCCAGCCACCGGACGUCAACCUGUUACUAUCGUGCCUACAAGAAACGCUUGACUUCGAGCACACCCUGGAACGCCGUUUUGCGGCCGGCGAGUCGCGCUCCUCUAUGGACACCGUCACUUCCGGCGAUGAGAAGCGGCAAAGCUUCAGUCAAGCCAUCUCCGAGGCAUUCGAGCCGUACCUCAGCGUCUGGGUGGAGUCGCAGGACAGGCAGCUGGCCACGCUCAUUCCCAAAUACCGACAACAACCCAUCAAGCAGCCGGACGAAGAGUUCCACCCGCAAUUGGUCAUACCUUCCUCGACCGAGCUUUUCCACCAGUACAGAGUCACGCUCGCGCAGUGUGCAAAACUUUCCACGGGUGGGAGAUUGCUCGAGUUGUCGCAAACCUUCGGGAAAUAUCUGGAUGCCUACUCGCAGCAGGUACUCUUCUAUCAUCUUGCGGAGAAGACCGGCGGACCGUCAGUGGAGGGCGCUGUCAUCAUACUGAACACAGCUGACUACUGCUAUCAAACGACCAACCAGCUGGAAGACAAGAUUAGACAGCGUAUCGACGAGGAUUUGCGUGACAAGGUGGACAUGCAGUCCCAGGCGGAUGCUUUCAUGGGCGUGGCUUCAGCAGCUGUGAGAGCACUAGUGCAUAAGACGGAGCUUGACUGCGAACCAGCCUGGCGCGAGAUGCGAGCAGUAGCAUGGAGUAAGAUGGAGACCGUCGGUGACCAGAGCAGCUACGUUUCUGUGCUCCUCCAGCGCCUUCAAGAUCGAAGUAGAGAGAUCCUUCGGUAUCUGCACAAGCCACAGUACGCGCGAGCUUACUGUGACCAUCUUGUGGACAGCAUCAUCAGCACAUAUAUCACGAACAUCGCCGCGAUUAAACCGAUCUCGGAAACUGGCGCUGAGCAGUUGCUGCUCGAUUCCUACGUCCUCAAGAAAGGCUUCCAAGGUCUCGGCUCCGGCAACGCCGAACCGGGAGCACCUCCCAACCAAGCCUUUAUCAAGCGCGUCAACCAAAGCACCGCAAAACUGGACACUUUGCUCAAGACGCUGCAGGUGCGCUCGUCACCCGCAGAAGGACUGGUACAAGCCUACCUGAUCCACAUCCGAGACGCAUCCGAGAAUAACUUCCGCAAAAUCCUCGAACUUAAGGGCAUCAGCCGCAAGCAAGACCAAAGCCACUUAGUCGAGCUUUUCAACGCCCAUAAAGCAAGCCCCGCAAACGAAGGGUUGCAGGCGAGCAACCCGCUCAUCGCAUCUUUGCAGCUAGCAAUACCGCCUUUAGCUGCGGCUGGUAGUCUAGUGGCACUCAAGGACAGCGCUGUGGCGCACUCAACACCCUCUCUACCCGUCCGCUUCGACCCAGCGAGCUUUGGGACCGCCAUCGUCAAUGCCGCGAGGGAUGCCGGUGAUAGGUUCGGGAGCCCGCAUCUAGGUGUCAGUGGCAGUAUUGGCGGGGUGACUUCGCAGACUGCUAGUCGGACUACCAGCCCGCCAGGCGGAAAGGGCAUGAAUGGCGACGGCGAGAAGGUGCAACCUGCUAGCUUGAACGAGAACCUAAAGAGCAUCGGGAAGUUCUUUCGCCGCGAUGUCGGCAGUUUCGGCGGGUUUGUGAGGAGAGAUGAAAGCGUUCGACAGUCAAUGGAGCGGCAAUAGCGUACAUCAAGCUGAUAACUUACAAUGCUCGCUAGCCUACAACUGUUGUUCGCAUGACGCGAAGCCUUUCUUCUGGUCUUCCGCUACGCUGAUGGCAUAGCCUUGCCCCUGACAUGCCGUGACCCCAACUUGCUUCCUCCACGUCCUGUGCUGCUGACGUUUCGUCGUGAUUCAACCCUUCCAAAAGGUACCUUUCGGGACAAGGCCCACCGCCUCGGCAAACACCCCGAGCUCUUCAUCUUUGCCCUUGUACGCACCGUACUUUGUCAAGACUGCCAAGUCACUCAAACCUUUCUUCAGCUGCUCCGGAUGCCCAAGGCUGAGACCCUCUUUAUGCGCGCCAGUCACGCUGAGCAAAGUCUUGUUGCUGCAGACCGCCAGCAUCUUGUGAAUGCACGAGAGCAUUUCAUCAGCC